AUGCUAACUACUUCGGCAAACAAGACUUAUGAGCAUACUCCCGUUGUUCCUCUGCUACUAUCUCGGCCCAUUGUCUCUUUGAAGACUUCGCUCUCCACCCCCGCCGGCUCAACCCAAAUGCAAUCCUUCGUCGCCACAUCUGCACCGCUAGACUGUGAGAAUUCUCCUGACAUCGCUACGCCUGGAUUAUGCCCUGUCUCAUUCGAAUCUCCAGGAGACUCUACACUGGCCACCGUUGAACUGGGCACUAGCGCAAACACCAUCGGUACACCAGUCAUCCGGCGUGGACAGUCGCCUCGUCGCUCUGCUGGUCGCCCAGACAGUCAAUACUUUACACCGGGGGCAUUCGUUGGGCCUGCACUUGAUGGAGGUGGCCGCCCAGGAAAUGGAGCUCUGUUGGGCAUUAAGAAGCCACAGUUAGGUCACCAGCAGAAUUAUAACCAUAAUCAAAAUCAGCAUUAUUACAACCCAAACCACCACCAUUCACGAUUUACCAUUACUUGA